AAUCCCAGAGGGGUGUGUUACACAGUUCUCCUUCUCUGGCCCGGCCUGCCAUAGGACUUCCGCUGUCACCUGCGGAAGUACACCAGAGGGAAGCUACUUUGAGACCGUUACAGUCCCCUGGUCAGAGCUAGCCAUGACGAGGACUUCUACGUGCAUAUACCACUUUUUUGUUUUGAGCUGGUAUAUUUUCCUCAAUUUUUAUAUCUCACAACAAGGAGAGGAUCCGCGGAAAUCCGAAGUCUUUCUAAAUGGUGGACAAUGGAAGUACUUAACAUUCCUUAAUCUGUUCUUGCAGGCCCUUUUCUACGGGGUGGCCUGUCUGGAAGAUGUGCUGAAAAGAGCUGAAGGGAAAAAAGACAUUAAGUUCAUAACAGCCUUCAGAGACCUGCUUUUCACCACGCUGGCUUUUCCGAUAUCUGCAUUUGUAUUUUUGUCAUUCUGGAUCCUCUUUCUCUACGAUCGAGAACUCGUUUACCCUAAGGCCCUAGAUGGUAUCUUUCCAGUGUGGUUGAAUCAUGCAAUGCACACAUCUAUAUUGCCCUUCUCUCUGGCUGAAGUCAUCCUCAGGCCACACUGCUAUCCACUGAAGAAGAAAGGACUCACCUUGUUGGCUGUUGCUAGCCUUGCUUAUGUCAGCAGGGUUCUAUGGAUCUACUCUGAGACGGGUACAUGGGUGUAUCCCGUGUUUGCCAAACUCAGCCCAGUGGGUCUAGCAGCCUUCUUCUGUCUCAGCUACAUCUUUAGCGUCGGCAUCUACCUAUUUGGAGAGAAGCUCAACCACUGGAAAUGGGGUGACACGAUGCAGCCAAGGAAGAAGAGGAAGUGAUUAGACACCAUUUUCCAAGAACUAAGGAAGAAGAAAACAGGAGAGUUUUUUUCAUCUUUUUUUCUUCCUGGAGCAGGGAGGUGGUGGGGCAACACAGGAAGGUAAAAAGGACAGGGAAUGAUAUUUAAAUUUCAUAAGAGAGUUAUGAAGGUAGCUGAAUUUGAGGACUCUUGUCUUUUUAAAACUUUUACUGGACACACCCAAAACAAUUCCUGCUGUCACAGAAUUUGUUACAUCCGUCUGACCUCUGUGGAGGAUAGUCUGUGGUCAACACCUGGCCAAAAGCAAAAAAAACUCACGUAAAUGUGGUGUUAGAGAAUGUUUAGAGAGAGAAAGGAACUUAGGAUCGAUCACUCAAACUAUUCACUUCACAGAGGAGGAUGCUAAGGACCUAGAUGAGAAGUUACCUUCAUGAGGCCAAAGAAUUAGCAUCAGAACCAAAAUAAAAGCUUUUGUCUCCCAUAUCUUCUAACUCCCAGUCCUGGGCCAUUUUUGAAAAAUCCCUAUUUUCCUAAAAAGAGGCACUUUCAUAAGUUAGUUAUUUUCAUGGAUUUCUCAUCUAUUUUUUUCUCAGUCUAAAUGGAAAUGUAGGGAGGUGGCUGCUUCUGAAGUUGUCUGUCUACCUAGUAUAAUAGCAAAUUAACUGGGGCAAUGAGAAAAUAAGUUAUAAAAAAUAUUGGUAAAUCUGUCCCUCUUGUGAGCAAGCAUUUGGGGCAGGUAAACAUUGAACACAGUGAUAUUGUCAAAAUCUCUUCCAUUGGUAUAUUGAUUAAUUUGUCAAAUAAAUGUACAUUUUACUUGGGGAAUAAUCUGGAUGGGAGGUGAUAUGAUUAUGAUGACAGCUGAGACUGCUGUAAGUACAAAGCACUUGGCUGUGAUAGUUUACGGUUUAACAAAGCUGACCGUCACAUGAUUAACAAGCACAUUCAUGAACCCUGCUUUAAUUUUCCUA